GUGUGACGUCAUUCUAGAGGCGCCAAAUCGUCCGCAGACAGAAAACGACACGAAGUUGAUUAUAAGUGCAGUCACCGUUUGAAUAGCUGUCAUGGACCUCAGCCCCUUUGAAACAGACAACUCUGUCAGCUGCAGACUGGCCUCUCAGAUCCCUGAGGUCUGCCGGACUGAGGACUGCUGUCUGGGCAUUGACGAGGCGGGCAGGGGGCCUGUGCUGGGGCCCAUGGUGUAUGGAAUAUGUUUCUGUCCAGUUUCCAGAAAGGAGGAGCUGAAGGAAUUGAAAGUGGCAGAUUCAAAGACUCUAACAGAGGCAGAAAGAGAGAAUCUUUUCCAAAAACUGGAUGAAGCCAAAAGUUAUAUAGGCUGGGCUCUGCAGAUUCUCUCACCAAACACCAUCUCUACCAGCAUGUUACAGAGGACAAAAUACAACCUGAAUGCCCUUUCACACGAUACAGCAAUUGGUCUAGUACAGUAUGCCUUGGACAGCGGGGUACAGCUCACAGAGGUAUUUGUAGACACAGUCGGCCCAGCAGAGAAGUAUGAGGAGAAACUCUCGAAGCUGUUCCCAGGUAUCAAGGUGACUGUGAGGCCAAAGGCCGACUCCCUCUUCCCCAUCGUCAGUGCGGCCAGUAUCUGUGCAAAGGUGGCCAGGGAUCGUGUUGUAAAGGGCUGGAACUUUGCUGAGGACCUGGGAGAGGUGGAUACAGACUAUGGCUCAGGAUAUCCAAAUGACCCCAAGACCAAAGCAUGGCUGCUGAAGUACCUGGAUCCAGUGUUCGGUUACCCUCAGUUUGUUCGAUUUAGUUGGAGCACUGCCCAAACCUUGAUGGAGAGCAAGGGCGUGACUGUCCACUGGGACGACGAUGAAGAGGUCGGGGAGAAGGCAGCCCAGCGGCAGAACAACAGGUCCAUGCUGGCCUACUUAAGUGCAUCAACUGGAGGUAACAACCAAAACCCAACCCACCAGACACACCGCUUCUUCACUGAGCGGAGGCUGAAGAGCCUCGACACACUCUGAAGACAACACAGUGAAGGACACGCGCACACAGACAGGAAAUCAAAAGCUCUGUGAUAUUUUCAUGUGCAGCCUUGACAGUUAAGUCUUGGGUAAAGAUGUGGACUUUAAUUAAACAUUUCAGACCUGAUGUUUGUAUUAUUAACACAGAUGUAAAUGUAGAGCUAUCUUUAUUUGUCCUUUUUGUACCUGUUUUUUUUUUACAUACAUAAAAGUAUGUUUAAAACUCAUGUUUUGCUUUAAAGCCUUUGUUUUACAUUUUACGCCAUACUUUGAAAAGAAGCAAAAAGACAUUAGUUGGAAAGUAGUGAUCUUUAAUACAUAUGCUGCCCUCUGGUGGCGUUAACACAGAACUACACCAGGGAUUUGAAAAGCAUGUUAAUCAUGAACAGUUGGGGUCCCAACACAUGGCUAACAUGGACAAAUGCAGAAUAUCCUCCACAAUAUGACAACUGCAGAAUGAAAACCGUUCAUCACAGCUUGUUCCACACACGUUGAAAUCAUGUAUAUACUACAUUUAGACUAUGUUAAUUAUGUGUAGUUCUCCAGGGUAUCAUUGGAACUUGAGGAAUACAAACAUGUAUUACUAAAAAAAACAUUUAAGAAUAGAAAAGUAGGUUGUCAAACAUUAGACUUUGUCUAAAAACAAACAACAAUACCAGAUUUAAGCAUCGCCUCAAUAAAAUAGUCUUAGAUUAUGAUUCAUAUCAGAACUCGCUAAUAAAGUGUGAUUUAAGAGUAAUACUGUAAGUAAGCUUGAAUGCAAGCUAACAUUUUUGGACCCAUGGCAUUGUCAGCACCAAAACAUUUUGAGGUUUAAUACCCAGCUCUUGCAGGAAAACUGGGAAGUCUUAUAUUUAUGUUAAAUAAUAUAUACACAUUUGUUUUUAUUCUGAUUUUAGCUUUCAUUAUGUUCUGUCUUUA